UUCGGCAACAAGAUGCCGCUCAUCAUCCUCACGGGCCUGCCGACGUCGGGCAAGUCGACACGGGCGAAGCAGCUGCAUGACUACCUCACCACCCGCAUCGCCGGGACAAAGUACCGGCUGCACCUGAUAUCAGACGACUCCCUCUCAAUAUCGCGCUCCGUCUACGAUCUGUCCACCGUGCCGGUGCACGCGAGAUCGGCCAACGCGAGCGAAAAGGACGCGCGGGCGGCCAUCUACGGCGCCGUCAAGAGGGUGCUGAGCGACAGGGACAUUGUCAUACUCGACGGCCUCAACUACAUCAAGGGCUGGCGGUACCAGCUGCACUGCGAGGCAAAGGCCGUUCGAACGCCGAGCUGCAUAUUGCAGAUUGGGUGUACCAAGGAGCGCGCGCAGCAGGUCAAUGAGGCAAGGCUGAAACGAAGCCAGGCUGCAGCUGCAGCUGAUCAAGGGGGCGUCGACGAUGCGUCAUCCGGCGACACGGCAGAGGCGUAUGAGCCUGCCAACUGGGAGAACCUCGUCUUCCGGCAUGAGGAACCGAAUCCAAUGACUCGCUGGGACAGCCCUCUGUUCACAAUCAUAUGGGAGGACGACGAGGAGCAGGUCAAGAAGACAUUUGACUCCCUCUGGGAAGCCAUCGCCGGUGACGGUCGUAAGAUCAUCAAGCCGAACCAGGCCACGGAGCAGCGAGGGCGCGAUGCAAGUGGCGACUACCUGUACGUGCUGGACCGCGAGACGCAGGAUAUCGUGAAGCGGAUCCUGGACCAGCAGGGCGACGACGGCGGCGGCGAGGUCAAGGUGCCUCUCAGCAGCGGCGGUGGCAAGAAGGAUCUGGUUGUCGAGCUGCCGGCGACGAGGAAGACUGGUCUGCCGGAGCUGCAGAGGCACAGGAGAGCUUUCAUGGCGCUGAACAGAGGGGGCAUUGGGCUGGAGAAGGUGACCAACAUGGCUGCCGACACGUUGAGGGAGUCGUUUGUCAACUACCUCAACAAUGCUUUCGAGAAUGAAUAGCAU